CAUCCGGUACAGAUGCAAUUUACAUUCAACUGUAAUCUCGUUUUCAGUUUUAUCACUAUUUGGGAACAGCUCUGAUGUUGCGGACUGCACAGGGAUAAAAACACGUGUGACAUGUGCCAGCGGUGUAGAGGAAUGAUUCGCGCAUCUUCACCAGUUGUCUGUCGUGUUUAAGGGUGGUCACAACAGACCAGAGCAGUCUGCUGUGGGCCUGUGUGCAGGACAUGGCGAAGCCGCUCGGCCUGCAGGUGUGCAGUAAACCAUGGGAGCUCAGCCUCUACGAGCUGCACAGGACGCCGCAGGAGGCGAUCAUGGAUGGCACCGAGAUCGCAGUGUCUCCCAGAAGCCUCCACAGUGAGUUGAUGUGUCCCAUCUGUUUGGACAUGUUGAAGAACACAAUGACUACCAAGGAGUGUCUGCAUCGCUUCUGCUCUGAGUGCAUCGUCACUGCCCUCCGAUCGGGGAAUAAGGAGUGCCCCACCUGUAGGAAGAAGUUGGUGUCCAAACGCUCUUUACGCCGUGACCCCAACUUUGACGCGCUCAUCUCUAAGAUCUAUCCGAGCCGGGACGAGUAUGAGGCGCACCAGGACCGUGUGCUGGAGCAGCUGAGUCGUCUGCACAACAAAGCUGCACUCAGCUCUAGCAUUGAGGAGGGUCUCCGCAUGCAGGCUCUGCACAAGCCGCAGCGUGUGAGGAAACCUCAGCAGGAAAGUGACAACACCACAUUCAGCGGCGGAGAGGACAACGGUGACACACGUUCUCAUGUCUCCCAUGACUCCGCCCCCUCCCACCUUACAUCCGCACCCACCGGCCACACCCCUGAAGCCGGGCCCAGCCGAGGCAAGAGGCCACGGGUGUCUGACGAAUCAGGACCCGAGGCUGACGGAGACAGCCGGAGACCUCCAUGGCAAAGCCCACCUUCUGAGAUAGAGCUGGUGUUUCGCCCACACCCCCUGCUGGUCAACCCGCAGCAGUACAGUCAGACCAGGUACGUGAAGACCACAGCGAAUGCCACAGUGGACCACCUGUCCAAAUACCUGGCACUGCGCAUUGCCCUGGAGGAGCAGGGCGGCGCUCACACUGACGGGCCCCCCGAUGUUGACGUACCUACAGGGGCUGAGAGGGGAGAACCAGGCAGCAGCAGCAGUUUGAAGUACAUCAGUGAGAAACAGUACACCAUCUACAUCACCACGGCCGCAGGCCAGUUCUCCACACUAAACGGCUCCCUCACACUGGAGUUGGUGAAUGAGAAGUAUUGGAAGGUGAGCAAACCCCUGGAGCUCUUCUAUGCUCCUACCAAAGAGCAGCAGCAACCCUCUCCACAAGUGCACAAAGCCCUGCCCACUGUCCCCACCCAGCUGUGACACACCCCUCAGUGCCCCCACUCUACUCACCCAACAGGUGCACCAAACCCCCCUCACUGGACCCACCCAGCAAUGACGCAACCCACAGUCCUCCACCACACAAAGGUGGAUCUGACCUUCACCUGAAGACCGGAUGUAAAUGUCGUGGUUUUUUUUGCAGUUGAGUUUUAGGAAAAUCUGAUUAUGUAAAUGUUACAAAAAGACAUGAGAACAUGACAAGCACAAAUACAACCGGAAGCCCAAAAGGGGAGAAAAUCCAUUGGCCCUCGUCUUCUGGUUAUAGGAGGUUCAGACUCACGUCCCCAUGUAACUACUUCAGCAAGACCUCCACUGCGCCUCCUUAGGAGCCUGACAGGGAUGGACUGAGGCUGAGAGGAGUCGUGUGGGGAGGUGACCAGUCUCCUCCCUGGUCUCACCCCCUCGUUCAAUCCUUCUCCCUGCCUGUUUGGACCAGAGGGGAACUGAUUUGAGUGGCUGGUAAUACCAUCCUCCUGCUUCAGCACACCAGUUCAUGUCUUCCUUUUUAAUGCCACUUUUUGUCCUGUUCUUAUACAAAUUUUUGUACCUUCUGCCUAAUGACUAACAUUGCUUUGGUGUUUGGAUUCACAUAUGUGCCAGCAGAAAGGUAUUUAAAGCCUAACAUCAUUCUGUAGCUACAUUGGGUAUUAAAGGCCUGCCCGUUUCCAUUGA